UCAUUUUUGAAACUGACGUCUGGCUUAAAAGCCCAAUAAUUGUUCGAGUUAUUUUUUAGAACCACCGAUGUUUUUUUUUUUACUAUCGAUAUAUUAUCGAUAUUUAACCAACACUAGCUUACAGUAUUUUGUUUGAGUAGCAAGUAGCUUUCUUUGAUUUGGUGCUUGGUAGACAGUGAGUUUAAACAAAAUUUAAUUAAAAAUAGAAAAAUGGUAAUUAUUGAGGAGAUCGAAAUAAAUAACUGUUUUUCAAUUGACAAACUACUUCUUCGCUUUGAAAACAAAAACUUUGUAUCAAUAUUCAAUUGCUCGAAUUCACACAAAUUAAAAGACAAAUUGAUACUAGCAAUUCAGCCAUUCUUACUUAAGGAUUUCAUUGCAACACCUCUAGAAAUUGAUUCUAACAGAACCAAAUCACCAUCAAAUGUUCGAAUUAAAUUUAUUAUACCUAAAGGAAAGUUUAAAAACAACAUUUCGGUAGAUGCUAUGAGAACAGGUGAUUUACCAGAUACUAUUUAUUAUUAUUUUGAUGGUGAACAAUACAUCGAUAAUAUAAGAGUUUACCACGAACGAUGUCGAAUUGAUGUCACAAGUUUAUUUCCAUGUUUGAAUAAAGUAUUUUCAAACGAAAAUAAAAAUUUAAUGAGUAUUUGGAUAAACAAUGAGUGUCCUGAGUUAAGAGCUACUGGUGAAAAAUCAUAUGAACUUCUUGCCAAUUUCAUGCAAGUAUCACAUCUUCGAUCUAAUGCCGAAAUACGAAAUAUUGAGAAACUCUCACAUUCAAUGUUAACAAUUCAAAAGCACACCGAACGUUUGGAGAGACGAACUUUUGUCGAUGUGGCAAAUAACAUUGGAAAAAUAUUCAAAUAUAUUACUUUUGAAAAAUAUGAUGUUCAAUUUUCUAUUCCAUUGGCUGAACAAAAUAUACAAAUGGAUCAACUUAAAUGGGAAGACAUGGAUUUAUCAAGAGCAGAAACUUAUGUCUUAAACGUAAACGAAAAAACCUCUGCACUUUGGAACACUGUAGAACCAGGAUUAAAAUAUCUUUUGAAAAUAGCUCAACAGAUUGCGCUAGCAGAAAAUCUCGGACAACAUUGUAUAAUAAUUAAGGAUACGAGUUUACUUCAAAAUUAUCAAAAUCAAGAGAUGAUUAAAGAGGCCAUUAUUGAAGAUGAUGGAAUCAACAAAGAAGCGAACUGGAAGAAUAAAAAUUUCUUAAAUCAAAUUAUAAAUGUUUGCAAUGAAAUGGAGAUAAUGCUUUUUAUAAACUAUCAUAGUGAGUUGCCAUUACCACCUGAAAAUGCAAAUAUAAUUAAAUGCCGGAAGUGUACAGAAAAUGAUAAUUCUGAUUUAAUUUAUGUUCCGGAAAGUUUGAAGUCAAUGAACUUGCAAGAAUUUAUCGAGUUAGUUGUUCCACCAAAUACUCGAAAGUAAGCCCCUGCUGUAUAAAAUA